AUGACCAAGGGCACCGUCCUCAUCACGGGGGCCAAUGGUGGCCUUGGCUCCGCCUUUGUGGAGCAGUUUCAAAAGUCGCCGUACGCGAGCGAGUGUCGAGGCAUCUACACCGUCCGCGACGCUUCCAAGGCGGCCGAUCUGCAGCGGAUACUCAGCAGAGCGCCGUCCAGCAGCGUGCAUGAGGUGGUCGAGCUGGACCUAGGCAGUCUCGAAAAGGUCCGCGAAGUGGCCCACGAGAUCAAUCGCAAGGUGGCUGAUGGCACAUGGGAGCCGAUCCGCACGCUGGUCCUGAAUGCGGUCUUCCAAGAAGCGAACAACGACACGCUGGUUCCCCGCUCGAGGACCCAGGACGGGUUCGAGUCGGCAUUCGGGAUCAACUACCUGUCCAACUACCUGCUCACCCUCAUGCUGCUGCAGAGCAUGGACAGGGACGCGGGCCGGAUCGUUGUCGUGUCCAGCUGGACCCACGAUGGCUUUGACAAGCGCAACGACGGCUUGCCACGUGUGCUCUACAGCUUCAACACAAAAGAGCUGGCCGAGGGCGCUUCCUACGACGAGGAUGACGGCUGGAGCGCAGGGAUGCGACGUUACGGGACGAGCAAGCUUCUUCUGGUCCUCUUUGCGUACGAGGUGCAGAAACGGCUGCAGAAGGAUGCCUUUCUCUCCAGUAUCUCCGUCGUCUGCCUCGAUCCAGGCGCAAUGGGAGGGACCAGGGUAACGCAACGAUCGACGCCCUUUAUUCGCUUCCUCACCGGCUGGUUUAUGUGGGCCAUUCAAGAGGCUUUGGUCUACUUUGCCCCCAACGGCGAUAUCAGGCCUCCUUGGAAGUCGGCCAACGACCUCCUCCUUGCGUCGUUCGAUGACGAGUACCAGAAGCCAGGCCCGACACCGGUCUAUCUCAACGGCAGCGUCAGAGCAGAGAGCUCAAACGAGAGCAAGGAGGACGCCAAGCAGGCGAGGCUGUGGAGCGAUAGCAGGACCUUGGCGAAGCUGCGCGAGGGAGACACCGUCUUGACGAGCUGGCAGUGA